UCACCAACUGCCAAGUACGAGGAUGUUGCUCAAAGCUCUGACCUUUUCUGGGAAAAGCUUAAAGCUUUUCACAAAUCUCUCGGCAAAAAAUUCAACGAAAGAGUGUGUCUUCCGCUUCAACAGUUUGAUUUCAAGAUUCAUUGUUGGGAUUUCGCCCCCUUUUUCGUUUCUGCUUUUUAUCGGCCUGUUGGUAUUCGUUUUCUCAGAUUCCUAAUGGGAUUUCACUGACUCAGACAAUUAUAGUUUCUAUGUAUAAAGUUUUCGAUGAAUAUAGCAGUGAUUGGGUGUUUUGUGUGUAACUGGUAAUUGCAAGGUUUAAAGCAAGACAAUUUCUUUAUUGAAAAAAGAAAUAACAAAGCAAUGGCAAUCCUGCUUGUUUAUUCCAAAUGGUUCCAGUUGUUGGAGGAAAGGCUCUGGAUCUGCAUCAACUCUUCGCGGAGGUCACAUCUCGCGGAGGUCUUGAGAAGGUAAUAAAAGAUCGCAGAUGGAAGGAAGUGAUUGUGGUCUUCAGAUUUCCAACAACUAUUACAAGUGCUUCAUUUGUUUUGAGGAAGUAUUACUUAUCAUUGCUAUAUCACUUUGAGCAAGUCUAUUACUUCCGCAAACAAGUUUCUUCAGUCUCAACCCCUGGGACUGCCAGUGGGAGCCUUGUGAAUGCAUCUGCAAACACAAAGGGAGGUGCUUCUGCAAACCAAUUAGCAGCUCAGGGAACUCCAGAGUUGCAGAUUGGCAGUUCUGUGACAGGGACCAUUGAUGGCAAAUUUGAUAAUGGCUAUCUGGUUACAGUUAGGUUGGGCUCUGAUCAAUUUAAAGGUGUCCUGUAUCAUAUCCCCCAAAUGCUUCAAUUGUCUCAGAGUUCAAAUACUUCAGAUGUACCUCCUCACCGCAGCCGGAAGAGAUCCCGGUUAGCUUUACGGGACCCUUCCAAGCCAAAGUCAAACAGGAGUGGUUAUAAUUUUUUCUUUGCUGAGCAUUAUACCCAGCUCAAACCUAUGUACUACGGACAGGAGAAAGCCAUCAGUAAGAGGAUUGGGCACCUAUGGAGCAAUCUGACGGAGGCUGAGAAACAGGUUUAUCAGGAGAAAGGGAUGAAGGACAAGGAGAGAUACAGAACUGAAAUGUUGGAAUACAAAUCUUCCUAUGACUCUACACCUCAAUAGCCUCCGAUGAGUUGGUUGUUAGGAACUCAACCACAGGGUGUCAACCCUCCCUUGAUAUUUGUUGUUGUUUUUAACGUUUCCUUUUCUUCCAUUUGCUUUAUGAAGAUUAUCUGAACCCUGCCCAUUGCAGAAACUUUGGGUGAUCGGAUGGCAGAGUUUUGUAACAUGUCCUUAUAUAUUCAAUCAAAAAUGCUAGCAGCUUAGAACGGUAUUGAA